AUAGUAGCAUUUUAUUUACGGCUAUAUAUUGAUACUCUCUCAUUUCAUACUCUAUCCCGCACUCUUGUUGUCCAUUUCUUCUUUCUGGCCAUGUGCUUUGCGGUGCCCAUUUGAUUUAUACAUUAUUAUUAUACAUUUCCCUCUUCCCUUUUAUUUAUUAUUAAAAAAGUCUCUUUAAGUCACCUAGGUAGCUCGUUCAGCUCAAGUUCAUUCAUUCUCUAGCUAGCUAGGCACUCUGCCUUUGAUAAAUCAAAGCUGAGAGAUGGCUGCAUUGAAUAUUAGUUACUUGGUGGUGGUGGAGUUAUUGUGUGUGUUGGCCAUCAUCACUACUACUACUGUUGCUGAAGAUCCAUACAGGUUCUUCAACUGGAAUGUUACAUACGGCGACAUUUAUCCACUUGGUGCUCGCCAACAGGGAAUACUUAUCAAUGGCCAAUUCCCAGGUCCUGACAUUCAUUCUGUUACAAAUGACAAUCUCAUUAUCAAUGUCUUCAACAGCUUGGACGAGCCUUUUCUCAUCUCCUGGAACGGAGUCCAGCAGAGAAGGAACUCAUACGAAGAUGGAGUGUUUGGAACAACAUGUCCCAUUCCCCCUGGAAAGAACUUCACAUACAUACUUCAAGUGAAGGAUCAAAUUGGUAGCUUCUACUAUUUCCCAUCCCUUGCAUUCCACAAAGCUGCUGGUGGUUUUGGAGGCAUUAGGAUUCUAAGUAGGCCAAGAAUUCCAGUUCCCUUUGAUGAUCCCGCCGGUGAUUAUACCGUCCUUAUCGGAGAUUGGUACCAGUCCAACCACACAGAUUUGAAGGCCCAACUUGAUAAUGGUAAGAAGUUGCCUUUCCCUGAUGGAAUCCUUAUCAAUGGUCGUGGUUCUGGAGGAGCAUCUUUCAAUGUGGAGCAAGGAAAGACUUACAGGCUUAGAAUAUCAAAUGUGGGGUUACAAAAUUCACUCAACUUUCGCAUACAAAACCACAAGUUAAAGUUGGUAGAAGUGGAAGGAACACACACCCUCCAAACCACUUACUCAUCCCUUGAUGUUCACGUGGGUCAAUCAUACUCAGUUCUAGUAACAGCAGAUCAACCUGGUCAAGACUAUUACAUUGUUGUUUCCUCUCGAUUUACCACUCCAGUACUCACCACCACCGGAGUUCUUCGCUACAGCAACUCUGCCGGCCCAGUAUCAGGCCCACCCCCUGGUGGACCCACAAUCCAAAUUGACUGGUCUUUGAACCAGGCCCGUUCCAUCAGGACAAACCUUACAGCAAGUGGACCAAGGCCAAACCCGCAAGGAUCAUACCAUUAUGGCAUGAUAAACACAACGAGGACAAUUGUACUUUCAAGUUCAGCUGGUCAAGUCAGUGGGAAGCAAAGAUAUGCAAUUAACAGCGUGUCUUAUGUUUCCCCCGACACUCCUCUUAAGCUGGCUGACUUCUUCCAGAUAUCAGGUGUUUACCGUCCUGGAAGCAUCUCUGAUAGACCCACUGGUGGUGGUAUAUACACUGACACUUCUGUUCUUCAAACUGACUACAGAACAUUUGUAGAGAUUGUUUUCCAAAAUGAUGAAGACAUCCUUCAGAGCUAUCAUCUUGAUGGCUACUCUUUCUUUGUUGUUGGUAUGGAUGGAGGACAAUGGACAAGUGAUAGCAGGAACCAGUACAAUCUUAGAGAUGCAGUUUCCCGUAGCACCACUCAGGUAUAUCCCAAGUCAUGGACUGCUAUAUAUGUUGCGCUCGACAAUGUGGGAAUAUGGAACUUGAGGUCUGAAUUUUGGGCACGACAGUACCUUGGACAACAGUUUUAUAUGCGUGUAUAUACAACAUCAACCUCACUCAGAGAUGAAUACCCUGUUCCUAAGAAUGCACUACUUUGUGGUAGAGCAGCUGGAAGACAUACUCGACCCCUUUAAGUUACCAAGAAGAACUUGGAGAACAAUCCCACUUAGCCUUUAGAAUAUGAUGAAAAGCAGCUACCUUAUCUGCUUCUUUUUUUGAUUUUAUUGUUUGGUAUUUUGAUUAAUUUGUAUUGUCCUGGUAUCAUGGAAAUGUAUGAUUUGAACUAUAAAUGACCACAGAGGUCACAUUCUUUCUUAAGCAAACACAAACAAUAUAAUUAUAUUAUUUCAUUUGUAA